AAAUGCACAAAAAAAAUGUAUUUUCCUUGUGACAAUUAUCAUUUUUAAAUGGCAGUGUAACCAGAUCUAAGCCACGCAGGAGUGAACGAAUGAAAAUAUCUUUCUUUCACAUCUGGAGUCAGAUAUGACCUGAUAAAUCAGACCCAGGGCCAUGAUUGGCCCGUGGGCCGGACGUUGGACAGGUCUGAUAUAAACCAUACGGAGGGAGGACAUUUUGGGACAUCUUUAAAUGGCUUUUAGAAUUGGGUUUAGGUUAACCGUUAGGGUAAGGGUUAGGGUUAGGCACGUAUUUGUGACGGUAAGGGUAAGGGCAUUAUGAGUGAAGCACAAACAUGUGUGUACUUGUAUGGCUCUGUGAGGACAAGAAAAUGUAUGCACCAAUGGAAGUGAGCGGAUUGUGGGAAAGUCCUCACAUUUUGGUUGAUCCUCCCAACGUUAAACAGCUUUUUCUUGGUUAAGACCUGGUUUUAUAUAGCUAUACAAGAACGUGUGUGUGUGUGUGUGUGUGUGUGUGUGAGAGAGAGAGAGAGAGAUUGAUGCAGUGUAAAUGAGAGGUUGAGUGGUGUAAGUAGAGAGAGAGAGAGAGAGAGGGACGGAGGGAGGGAGUGAGGGGGUGCGCAGUGGCUCAGUAAAGAGAUGAAUAAAGCUGUGCAGAGAUUCGGAGGGAGAAGCGCAAACACUAAAACAACCAACAGUAGCCACUCACACCACCGCGGCCACAGAACAGGAGCAGCUGUGAUUUAUUGGUAGGUGGAAGAAAUACUGGGAUUCAAUUACAAAUUCAGGAAACUGAAAAACUCAGCCACUGGCAACAUUAAGGACUGAGGAAACCAGAAGAGUGGAGGAGGAAACAAAGGAAAGAGCUGAGAGAGAAGAGGAGUGGAGAAAGAUUGACACAGAGCUGCUGACAAUCCAAAAUGUGUGAGCAGCUGCAUGCGGUUCUGCUCCUCAGCCUGGCGUUUGCACAGGGCACUUGUAUGUUUCAUAAUCAUCCCUGGGGAGAAUGGAACGACUCUCAGCUUCAGCCAACAAUUCAGAAGCUGAUGAAAGGAUACAAUCGCUACCUCAGACCUAAUUUCAAUGAAGGCCCUGUGGAAAUUGGAAUGAGCCUUGAUAUCGCCAGUAUUGACGCCAUCUCUGAAAUCAAUAUGGACUACACAGCAACCAUCUUCCUCCGCCAGCGCUGGCGUGAUUCCAGGCUGGUCUUUCCUGGAAAUGAGAGUGUCAGUUUGGACGGACGCCUGGUGUCACUGCUCUGGAUCCCUGACACCUUCAUCCCUGACUCCAAACGCUCCUUCCUGCAUGACGUCACAGUGGAAAACCGCCUCAUACGCAUCUUCAGCAAUGGGACAGUUCUAUACGCUCUGCGCAUCACGGCCACCAUCGCCUGCAACAUGGACCUGACCAAGUAUCCCAUGGACAAACAGGUGUGCACUCUGCAGCUGGAGAGCUGGGGCUACAACCUGCAGGAUGUGGUUUUCUACUGGACCAGAGGGAAUGAUUCAGUGAAGGGUCUGGACACGCUGCGGCUGGCUCAGUACAGUAUCGAGAGCUACUAUACAUCAGUUUCAGAGGCUGUGUACGAAACAGGGCAAUACCCCAAGCUGGUGCUGCAUUUUGCACUGCGGAGAAAUGUGCUGUUCUUUAUCUUGGAGACAUAUGUUCCCUCCAUUCUGCUGGUGGUUCUCUCCUGGGUCUCCUUCUGGAUCAGCCAGUCAUCUGUACCAGCUCGAACAUGCAUUGGAGUGACUACAGUCUUGACCAUGACAACUCUGAUGAUGGGUGCCAGGACUUCCCUGCCUAAUGCAAACUGCUUCAUUAAAGCCAUCGAUGUUUACCUGGGCAUCUGCUUCACAUUCAUCUUUGGGGCACUGCUGGAGUACGCCUGCGCCCACUUUUACACCAUGCAGCACCAGACUAUAGAGGAAUUACAGAGAGAACUUCUGAGGGAGUUUAGAGAAUCCAACGGCACCAGCUGCUACCCCAUGGUCAGGGCUGCCCAAGCAAACCAGUCUGUGGAGAUCAGCUCUUCUGCAGAGGAGGCCACGGAGCAGUCAGAGAAGAGAGACGCCAACAACCACGAUGGGUCCAAAGAGGAGACGUCAGGACAAGGCUGCAGCCUGUCCUUAGUGAAGGAUGCAUCUCGCAGGGUAGCAUCGGUCUUUGUUGUGGAAAAUCCACACAAUAUUGAUCGCCACGCCCGCACAGCAUUCCCCACAGCGUUCCUCUUUGUCAAUAUCCUUUACUGGCUUUAUUAUCUCUUUCUCUGAGCGCUGGUUCCAAACUGCUGCAUAGUUAAUGUCACCAUUUUGAAGCUGCUCUACCUCCUCAUUUGAGACCCAGUACCAGUCAUCACUGCCUGGAUCAAAACUGACCAUGCAAGCAUUUGGCAAAAGCCUGUUUUUGUUUUUAAAAUCACACUUUAACAUUUUGGCCCUCAGACAGGGCUUCACUUUGAUGAAGAGCAACAAUUUAGGCUGAGGAACCAGCUUCAGAUCAUGUUCUGUGAUGACAACUGUUAUCAUAAACAUGACUUUAAUUUAAUUUAUAAAAAAUGACUCACUGUAACUGCCUGGACUGCACCCAACUAUACUGCGCUAAAUUAAAUUACCUUCAUUACGUGACAGACGUAGACGGUGCUUUGCUUGUGAUG